CAACCCUUGCUCACCAACGGUACCCGAGCAUGUCGACUGUCGCUCUGCAGCAGAACCAAGCUGUACCACAGCAAAUCUAUGCCACACCUGGCGGCAGGGCUUCUGCACGUCGAGUUACAUCGUCCUCUCGCAGUCCGACUUCGCCGUUGAGUCUUCGCUCGGGGUCCUCUGGUCCCAUUAUAGUCGCAAGCGUCUCCGGCCAGUCAUCUCCAAGCACGGACUCAAAUUGUAACGAAACUCCUUCCGCGGUCAAUGCCCUCAGGAUUAUCCGUUUCGCGCCUCAAGAUGUCGAGAUAUUGAAGUAUCAUCGGUCCAUCCACUACCCCUCAGAUCACGACAAGUCUGUAGUCAAAAACAUCCAGCCGUUGCAGACAUCCUUUGAUCGGGAAACACGCCUAGCAAAUUGGACUGAGAUCCGGGGUGGGAAGCCGUACUUUCAUGACCCGGAGAGAUUGCUGGUUACUCGCACGGACCUCUACAAUAGCGACAACCUUGUCCAUAUUCAGACAGCCGCGAAGACUUUGUACGAUCGUCUCGAGGAUACUCGCAGUCGCGUACCCGACGAUACUGAGAUAGUGUUGUGUAAGACAUGGUUUACCGAGGAAGGAAAAGACUCUGAAGAGGCUGUCGGAUACUACUUGGCGAGCAUGUCCAAGCAAGCUGUCUUUUGGUUCGAGCCAUCGGAAGGCGAAGAACCGACGAUUAGUGCGCAUCUGGUCACGGACUAUGGGGUUCGCUGUGUUGUUUCACAGCCACACCUUGGACUAGCAGUCAAAUGGCAAUUCUGGUUACAUGUCGAACUCUUUCCUGGUCACCGCGCCUUGUCGCAAGACGCCAUGCAGGAGCUCCAGCAUGCCUUCGAUCUCGGCCAGUGUGACGCAAUCACAUCGCAGAAUUCGAUGUUCCCGUACGAUCCGGAUACCGCCACGCGCUUGUCGAAAUGCUUCAAGAGCAUCACUACUGAUAAGGCCAACGGAGCAGGGACUUUCAUCGCAGCACGGCUACUCGGCACAAUAUAUCGAGAGCGAUUCAUGGCUUUCUGGGGAGAGCCCGGUGCUAGGUUGACCCGCAGCGAAGGCGCAUUACAAAAGGAUACCGAGAAACGACACUCUUGGUUCCUGAUAUUGGUGUCGCCUAUAUUCUUCUUCAUGCCGUUCCUCUAUAUGCAGGAGUUCGAGGGGCUCUAUGUGGACAAGACGGUCCACUACUAUCCAUGGCGCAUGUUCAUUGAUGGCCUCAAGAAGGAUUGGGAAAACUCCAUUACUCCGGCGACAGUGCUGAUUGCCACGAAUAUCAGCUUCUUAUCGAUCAAUAGCAUUGACGGAAAGGGAGGCCCGCGAAAAAGUACUGCACAGAUCAUGAGCUACAUCUCGACUAUUCUGGCGACCUUCAUAUACAUCGUCUGCCAGAUUUUGCAGAGGCAUCAUCGGCACCAUAUCCACGGGCAGGCGACAGAUGCGCUCCAAUACAUCUCCAGAAGGUCUGAACGACUAAUCGGACUGGAGGCAGUGGCCGUCGCAUUCAGUAUCCCAACCGCAUUGUUCCUGUGGAGGUCAAUCCGCUUCAUGCGAUCUCAUGGCAUGUCACUAACUUUCUGUUUUGUACCAGCAUGCUCACCUUCCUUGCCGCCAUGAUGACCGUCUUCUUCGACGAUACCGCGUUCCCGACGCGGAUUGCUCUGGGAGUGCUACUCGGCCUGAUGUUCAUGGUCCUGGUACUGUUACUGUACCUCGAGUCAGAGGGUUCGGCACGUAGCACGUUCGACAGCUUCCGUCUGGCCAAUAUGGUCUUCAACGCGGUCUCCGCAUGGUGGAAAGCUCGCUUGCCGAGCUUCAGCAAGCCGACUCCUGAUGAUGAUGAUGAUCGCGCGGAAGAUGAGCAAAGCUCGAGCGGUGCUGCUAGUGCACUGUCUAGAGCGGGCAUUGCGGGACAAGUGCGCCGUGUACGACGUUGGCUAAAAUGGAGUAGGGAGCCGACUUCCAGCCCUGUCUAGGAUCGACAGGCCCUCCAACUUUCUCGAGCAUAGAAAUUUGCGCGCACGUCGUUCAAAUUGGUUAUAUAUGUUAUACCCUGAUACCAAUAUCUUCGAAGAUACCAAUACUUGUAUCAAGCUCAAGGUCUAUAAUGCAUCCGGAAU